CGCGAAAUCACACGACAUGGUACGCGCGCGCGUUUUGAUGCGCCCGCGGAUACCGCGCGCGCGCCGCGAUCGCGACGCGUCGACGAGACGCGGACGACGAUCGACGAUGGACGAUUCCAGCGCAUAAUCGCGCGAUUCGGAUUGUCGCGCGGAAUCGCCGCCCACGUCGCGCGUCGCGCGUCGCGCGUCGGCUCGGACGGCGGAAAUCGCGCGGGAAGAUUUCGUCGCGCGCGUCGCGCGCGCGAUCGGGUCGAACGGGUGAUCGAGGAACGCGAGAGGGCGUUGAUCGUGCGCGCACGCGUUGGAUCGUUGGCGCUCGAUCUGUGGCGUUGGAAAUGGGAGGGCUCGAUGGGCGCCGACGCGCGAGGGGAGGCGAUGGGGCGUGGGCGUGGGAUGUGUAUUAUCGCUGGAUGAUAUGCGCGCGAAUGUGGGGUCGAUGGCGUCGUGGGCGGCGAUGGGACGAGCGACGGGGGCGGUCGAGCGUCGCGCGCGCGCGGCGUCGACGUCGCGGGGGCGGUUGAGAGCGAAACGCGACGCGAUGUGGGCUGGACCGGCGCGCAAGGGUAAAGGACGCUCCUCGGGGUUGUCUGAAGAGCAAAAGCAAGAGAUUCGCGAAGCGUUUGACUUGUUUGACACCGAUGGGAGCGGAACCAUCGACGCGAAGGAACUUAAGGUUGCGAUGCGUGCUCUUGGUUUCGAACCGAACAAGGAUGAAAUCAAGAAGAUGAUCGCGGACAUCGAUAAGGAUGGUAACGGCACCAUCGACUUUGAGGAGUUCCUCGCCAUGAUGACGGCCAAGAUGGGCGAACGCGACAGCCGAGAAGAAAUCAUGAAGGCGUUCCGACUGUUCGAUGACGACGAAACUGGAAAGAUCUCCUUCAAGAACUUGAAACGCGUCGCCAAGGAAUUGGGUGAAAACAUGACGGACGAAGAACUCCAAGAGAUGAUUGACGAAGCCGACCGCGACGGUGACGGCGAAGUCAACGAGGAAGAAUUCUUCCGCAUCAUGAAGAAGACCUCUUUGUUCUAGGCGAGCAAGAGCUUCAUCGUUGUAUACUUUCACUCUCGCCCAUCGCUCGGGGUAAUAUCGUUAUACCCGCGCGAGUGAACGGUGAUGUUCAUCGAUCACGAAACCA